AUGAUGUAUACAUAUAAUAAGUUUGGUUCAAGAACUUCAACCACCCCAUCAAACUCACUGGUAUCCAAACCAACUGUUUCUCGUAUAUCAUCACGGCAAAACUCUAAACACAAGUCAUUUGAGAAGGAUAGGGAAAGGGACAAGGAAAAGGAAAAGGAGAAGGAUAAGGAUAAGGAAAAGGAGAAGGAAAAGCUGGAAAGAGAGAGAAAAAAUGAAACAAUAGGUACAGAUACCACCACCACCACCACCACACAACAAAUCAACUAUACCAACCAUUACAUUCACACAGGUGAGUAUUCGACUAAAUUCAUACGCAAUGUGGCAAACCCACUAGAUGGGUAUCCCAAACUAGAUAAAUUGCACCAACUAAAACGAAACCAAAUACUCAAACAUGCAACAAAGGCUUAUGGUGUACGUUGCUCAACAGAGAAAAUAGUACCAACAGUCAACAACUGGAUCGAUAGAUAUAAUUUAAAAUUUGAUGUUAUAAUGAUAGGUGCUUUGGCCGAUAAUCAACUUAUUCUUCCUGUGUUGAACAAACUACCCAUCUACAAAUUAUGCUCAAAACCAGGUUUUCUUUUCAUCUGGUCAACUACUCAAAAAAUUCAAGAAUUAACUAAACUACUCAACAAUGAAAAUUUUAACAAGAAAUUUAGAAGAUCUGAAGAACUCAUAUUCUUACCUGUUGAUGAUAAAUCACCAUACUAUCCAAAACAAACAGAUUCUGCAUUUGAAAAAUCCAUUUUAAAGAAACAACAAUGGCAUUGUUGGAUGUGUAUCACGGGAACAGUUAGGCGUUCUUCAGAUAACGAUUUAAUUCAUUGCAAUAUAGAUACUGACCUACAAAUCGAAUCUCCAGGUUCAAAUGGCACCUCUCCUGCUUCGCCGCAGGGACGAAAUGCGUGUCCCGAACAAAUCUAUAAAGUUGCUGAAAAUUUCUCCAAUUCAAAUAGAAGAUUACACUUGAUUCCUUCACAUUUGGGAUUCGAUACUCACAUCAAGUUGAGACCAGGUUGGGUUAUUAUGGGUCCCGAUGUAUGGAUCAACAAUUUUGACCCACAAAAGUAUUAUGAGGAGUUGGGUAACAAGUCAUUUGUUAAAUACAAACAAGUCAAUGCUGCAGGGGGUAGUAAUUGUAUAUCAACACAAUAUUUGGUUCCUCAAUCUAAUGAGAUUGAAGAUUUGAGACCUAAAAGUCCAAUCAUAACCACAAAGAGUGGUUGA